CGCAGUGGAAGAAGUCCAAUUUGAAUUUCCACAAAAAUUAUAAGAUUUUUUUUUAAUUCAAGUGUGAUUUUUUUUAUUUUUUGCAGUGCUAGUUAUUUAUCUCCUCCGUUCAGAUGACAAUCGAAAACGAAUUUUAAAAUUAUUAUAAGACAUUUGUAUGGUAAAAGUGAUUGGAACAAUGCGUACGAUUAUUUUAGUGUCGUUUUUGUUCGGAUUGGCAGCCUCUUUGGACCAGGGCAGGUUGUACCCUUUUGGGGAAGGAAGGGAUCUGGUGCUACCACAUGUAGAUGAUGUUUCUACAGGUGAAAUUACUCUGCAGACUCCUGUUUAUUUCUAUGAUGAAGUCUACACCAGUAUAUACGUCAAUACAAAUGGUCUCCUCUCCUUUCGGACAGAGAUUCCAAUAUUCUUCAACGUACCAUUCCCAAUGGAGUAUCCUCUGAUAGCUCCAUUCUACAGCAAUGUUGAUACUUCAGUAUCAGGCAGAGUAUGGUAUCGGGAAGUAUCAGUCAAUGAUGCUAAUCAGGCUGCCGAUAUCAGGCGAGCAGAGCAGGCUGUUCGAACAGCCUUUUCCGGCGCUCCUGAAUUCCAUGCCGAAUCAGUUUUUAUUGCGACAUGGGACAACGUUGGCUUUCAUGGGGGGCAAGGACUUAAAACUAACACAUUCCAGGUUGCUGUCACGACAGGUUUUAAUCCAACAACUGACGCCACUGAAAGUUAUGUCGAAUUUUUGUAUCCUCAAGGAGGUUUGCAAUGGAUUCAAGGUGCUCCUGGCCCUUCGGGCUUACCUGAUGUCAGGGCCCAAGCUGCAAUUGGUGCCGAAGAUGGCAGAAUUCAUGUACUUAAGGGAUCUGGAACUGAUCAGGUAGUAAAUUUAAGUCGUUUAUCCAACGUGGGCGAGCCAGGAUAUUGGAUGUUCCAAGUCGGUCCUUUGGGAGAACGUGGCGAUGUCAUCGAACCAGACACUGCUGCGUCUUCUUCAGGCGAAAGUAGCGAUUCUUUGGAUACUUCUGCUUCAGAUUCUUCAGCAGACUCUUGCGCUGCUGGGGGCCGCAUCAAAUGUCACGCUAGGGCCAAGUGUCAGGAUACUGAGGAAGGCUUCUGUUGCAAGUGUGAUCAAGGAUAUUAUGGCAACGGUAUCGCGUGUCUUAAACGUGACGUUCCUUUACGAGUCAAUGGUAAAAUCACUGGAACUUUAAAUGGUGAAGCUUUAGGCGUUAUGGAGCUUCAAAGUUAUGUCGUCAUGGCUGAUGGACGAGCUUAUACUGCUUUGUCGAAAGUUCCUAGGGAGCAUGGAUACGAAAUGCAGGUGUUACAUAUUUUGGGAUCAGUCAUCGGAUGGUUGUUUGCAAAACCUGCAGGUACUGCGCAAAAUGGAUAUCAAUUAACAGGUGGCGUCUUCAAUCACACAGCUGAUAUUACAUUCCCUGGAACACCACAUAGAAUUUCCAUCACUCAACGUUAUACUGGAUUAGAUCUGUUCGAUCAACUUCGACUUGAAGGAGAAGUUACGGGAACUUUACCGGCAUUCAGAGAUGGAACAAAAGUAGAACUCGACGAAUUCAUCGAAGAAUAUUCUCAUCCAGCACCAGGAGACUUGAGAUCAGUAGCCACACGUACAUUGCGCCUCAAAAGCGGCGGUUUAGAAGAUGAUCCAUCAGCUUCAGUAUUGGUUUACGAACUAUCACAAAGGUUUUCAUAUGAACCAUGUAAAUUCCAAAGCCCGUCUGACAAACCAGAUCCGAUUAAAAUUAGAGUAUCCAAGAACUUCAUCGGUUAUGAGUCACGUGAACGAAUUCUUCGGUAUGGAAUGAGCGAUAAAGUAUCUUUAGCAGGAGAGCAGGAUCCUUGUGCAGAUUUCAGAUGUGGUGAACAUAGUGCCUGUGUAGCUGAUGGAGAUGAUCAUCGUUGUGUCUGUGAUCGUGGUUACCAUUUCUUGUAUGGCACUGAUGAAGAGGAAUCUGCAUGUGUCGAUGUUAACGAAUGCCAGGUUGGUAUCCACGGUUGUGAUGUCAAUGCUCGUUGCAUCAACGAACCAGGUAGUUUCCAUUGCGAAUGUUUACCAGGAUAUACUGGUGAUGGAAGACGUUGUGAACCUCUGACUCAAGAAGCUUGUGAAGUAACUCAAAGGUGUCAUCCAAAUGCUAUGUGUGAUGUUAAUGAUCGCUGUGUAUGUUUACCUGGCUACAAUGGGGAUGGAAGAGAUUGUACAUCCGAAAUGCCAGACACCACCCAACCACCAGAACGUAUACGUGGUUAUUGCAUUAUGGGCGAAUGUACUUGUCCAGAAAAUUAUUACUUAUACAGUUUGGAAAAUGAGGAAUGUAGAUUGCGAUCGGAACCCGAUGUAUCUUGUAACAUAGUGAAUACUUGUCAUCCACAUGCUCAGUGCGUUUACUCGGCUAGAAAUGGUGGUGAAUAUUUUUGUGAAUGCACCGCCGGCUACACUGGCGAUGGCAUUGAAUGUAAUCCUUUGAAGCUAUCAUGCAGAGAAUCCGAUAUUUGCGACCUACAUGCUACUUGCGAACAAGAAGAUGGAAUGACCGAUCGUUGUGUAUGUUCUGAGGGUUAUGCUGGUGAUGGAUACCAAUGUAUGCCCGUGGGACGUGUUUGUAACGUAGAUGAAGAAUGUGGUGAAGGAGGUGAGUGCAGAGAUAGAAGAUGUCAGUGCAUCUCUGGCUACACCAAAGAUCUUCAAAGCGAAACCUGCAUCAGAGCCGGACUCUGUGGUACAGUUCUUUGUGCACAACAUGCAAGUUGUCUGUGGGAUGCAGAUGAAGAAGCUCAUUAUUGCGAAUGCGAUCAAGGAUACGUAGGCGAAGGUCAUAGCCGUUGCGAAAAACCGCCGCCUUCCUGCAAUGAAGUUGAUAAUUGUCCUAUACAUGCAACAUGUUUGCAAGAUAGAAGAACUGGUCAGUACACUUGCGUAUGCGACAGAGGAUAUCGUGGUGAUGGACAAACUUGUCGUGCAGAACCCACAUGCGCCGAAGAACCAGAAAUGUGUCACGCUAUGGCCAGGUGUACAUCGACACAACGUGGUCCAAGAUGCGUAUGCGUAGAAGGUUUCAAUGGCGAUGGAAAGCACUGCGAGCGCCCUGCCAAACACGACAGUGGUUUCUUACUACUGAAUCAAGGUAUGGCUACUUUACGAGUACCAUAUACACCUGAAGGCGGUGCCCAACCUGGUGGUAAACCUAUACAAGUUUCAUAUUACCAGAUGGCAAUUGGUAUCGACAUAGAUUGCUCUAAAGGCAGAGUAUACUGGACCGACAUUGCUGGAAAAGCUAUCAAAAGUUCGGAAUAUAACGGUACCAAGGUGGCUACAGUAUUAGACAAUGAUAUUGGAUCUUCUGAAGGCAUUGCAGUUGACUGGAAUUCCCGCCUAAUGUUCUGGACAGAUUCUACGAAAUUGACUGUUGAGGUAGCCAGUUUAGAUAAACCACAAUUACGAAAAGUAUUAGUUAACACGGGUCUUGUAAAUCCAAGAGGUAUUGCGGUUCAUCCUGGCAAAGGCAAAGUGUUUUGGUCUGAUUGGAACCGUCAUGCCCCUCGCAUAGAAUGGAGCAACAUGGAUGGAUCAGAACGCGAAGUUCUUUACGAAGGUCCAGAAGCAUAUUUGCCAAAUUCUUUAGCAAUCGAUUGGCACACCGAUAAUCUUUGUUACACUGAUGCCGGCACUAAGAGUGUCCAAUGCAUUCACCCAGAAACCAAAAGAAUACAAAAAAUGGCUGAUGGGUUGACGUACCCAUUCGGUUUGGCGAUUACACGAGACAGGUUCUAUUGGACUGAUUGGGAGUCUAAGAUGAUCGAGAGCGUGGAUCGCUACACGGGGGCUCGCUCAGCGCCCGUUGCUGUCCCGCUGGGUGGUAGCGGUAACAAAUUAUAUGAAAUUGUAGCCGUCACAGAAAAAUGUCCUGACGCAGCAGGAUAUUGUGGGACGGAAUCAGGCAACACUUGUUCAUUAGAUUCUAAUGAAUUGUGUCUCCCAAAUCCACGCACAGGUUACACGUGCGCAUGUGCGGAUCCAUCUGGUACAUGUGAUUCCAGGCAUUAAAAUUAAAACAAUAAUUGAUUAAAGAACACAAUUUCAGAAUUCGAAUCACUUGAGGUCAGUUUUAUAAGAGGAAAACAAUAAGGUAUACAUUUAAAACGAUUUAUAUAUAAAAUUUGUACUUCGAAUUAAUUUUGAAGACCAUAUAAAUCUUCAGUCAAAUCCCACCUGUAAAGCAAUAACUACUGCUAUAUUCAAGUCACUUUUUAUCAAUAUUUGCAAAAAUAUACUUCAUUAAUUUUUAUCAUUUUGAUAAGAAGCAUUCUUCUCUAGUGUGUUAUGCAUACCUAUUAUUAAUAUUUAAAAUAUAGAACUAAUAGUUAUAUUUGCGGCAAAUAUCAUUUGAUUCGAAUAAUAAUCAACAUAAUUGAAACCAUUAGAAAAAAAUCGAUAUAAUUUAAAUUAUCACUUACAUUAACAUUUAUCAUAAU